GUUUUGUAAAGAGAAGACGUGAAAUUUGCUGAUUAAUUCAUCGCAAUAUCUCAGAUUUCGUUUCUGGCCAUUAGAAUUAUUUAAAUAAUUAAGACAAAUCUCAACAGUUCUACAUGAAAUCUUAGUAACCGUAGUUAAAAAUAUUUAAAGUUCCUCGUGCCGUGUGAACGUUUUAAAACGAUAUUAAAACAUGAAUCGCGAUAAGAACGACGAGGUGUCUGGCUUCAAAUCGAUUAAUCCAUUUGAUAAAGCAAACUGGUUGUCGAAAUUCUGUUAUUGGUGGCUACGCGACUUGUUUAAGAUUGGAUUAUCGCGUCAAGUCAUUGAAGAUGACAUGUAUCCAUGUGUCAACAAUCAAAAGAGUGAAUACGUAUCGAAGCGUUUUGAGUUAUUAUGGAAUGAAGAAUUGAAUAAAGCAAAGCCGAGUUUAUUCAAUAUCAUAAUGAAGAUGUAUGGAUAUAAAACGAUAAUUGUUGGAUUUCUUUUCUCAGCUGUUGAACUGCCAUGCAGCUUGAUUUCGCCACUUCUUAUGGGAUAUUUAAUCGCAUAUUUUACAAAUAAUCCUUACGAACAUACCGAACAACAAGCUUACUUCUUUGCAACAGCAUUGGCAGUUUCAUUAAUUUUGAUUGUUUUGGUCUUCCAUCCAGCUCAAUUAUUUUAUCUUGAAACUGGUGUCAAGCUACGAGUCGCAUGCUGCUCAUUGAUUUACAAAAAAAUUCUCAGUCUUACCAAAUACACAAUGACCGAUGGACUUGCAGGCCAAGCGAUAAACUUAAUGUCAAAUGAUGUUAGUCGAUUCGAUUGGAUGAUUUGUUUUGCUUGUAAUUUAUGGAAUGCACCAGUUGGUACAGGUGUUGCCGGUUACUUGAUAUACACGCAAAUUGGUUACGCCGGAUUAGUUGGAAUUGCUGUUCUGAUAAUGUCAAUGCCAGUUCAAGCAUGGCUGGGAAAGAAAUCAGCGCAAGUUCGUCUACAAACUGCUCUUCGUACUGAUAAACGAGUCAAGUUCAUGUUCUCGAUCAUCAACGGCAUUCAAGUCAUCAAAAUGUAUGCUUGGGAGAUUUCCUUUGGUCGCAUCAUAAAAGCUGUACGAAAGCAUGAAAUUAACGCAAUUGGGAAAAGUUUCAAUAUUAAAGCAGCUUUGUUAUCGUUUCAAGUUGCAACUGAUAUUGCGUUAUUUCUCAGUCUUGUCACAUAUGUUUACACUGGAAAUUCAAUAACAGCUCAGAAAACAUUCGUCACGAUUGCGUAUUUUAAUUAUAUCAACCACGCACUUGUUGAUUACUGGCCAUUGGCGUUAACAAGUGUUGCAGAAGGUUUUAUUUCAGUGAAAAGAGUUGAAAAGUUUCUUCUCCAUAAAGUUGCUGAAAAGACGAAAGUUUCUGACAUUUCUCAAGCUGACGAAUCAUUAAAAGUUAAAAAAGGUGUAACUUUGAAAAAUGCAACUGCUUAUUGGAAGCAAGAAAGUGAAACGUCAAGUGUUGGAAUUCAAUCGGUUGACGCUGUUUUAGGUGAUCAUAAUUUAAUAGCAAUUUGUGGUCAAGUUGGAAGUGGAAAAUCAACUUUGCUCGAAGUUAUUUUAAAAGAACUUCCACUGACAAAUGGUGAACUGAUCAUAAAUGGAACAAUUAGUUACGCAGCUCAACAAAAUUGGAUAUUUGAAGGAAGUGUAAAGAGAAACAUAACUUUCACAAGUGAUUUUGAUUCAAAAAGAUACAAAGCAGUGAUUCAUGCGUGUGAACUUGAACGCGACUUAGAAUUGCUUCCACAUGGUGAUGAAACAAUUGUUGGUGAUCGUGGGAUAAGUCUCAGCGGUGGUCAGAAAGCAAGAAUUAAUCUUGCUCGAGCGAUUUAUAAAAAAGCUGACAUUUAUCUUCUUGACGAUCCACUGUCAGCAGUUGAUGUCCAAGUUGGUCAUCAUAUCUUCGAAAGGGUGAAUUGGGAAGAGAUUCAUGGCGAAUCAAUUAAUAGCAUUUCCAUCGAAGAGAACUCGGGAAUCAUUGAUCCAAACUGGUGGACAACUGAACGUUUUGUUUACUUUUACACUGGUGGGAUUGUUGCAUUAACGAUUUUCAUGACAUGUCGAUCAUUUGCUUUCUACCAUAUGAGUUUGAGGAUAUCAAUGAACCUCCAUGAUCAAUUAUUUAAAGGCGUUACAAGGGCGAUUAUGUUCUUCUUUCAUUCCAACUCAACAGGAAGGAUUUUAAAUAGAUUUUCAAAGGAUAUGGGAACAAUUGACUCGCUACUUCCAACUGUUGUCAUUGAUUGUAUAAUUUUCUUUCUUCAAUUAUUUGGCAUCGUAAUUAUAGUUUCAAUAGUAAACUAUUGGCUGAUGAUUCCAACUCUUGUCAUGUUUGUUUUAUUUAUUGUCCUACGAUAUUUGUUUUUGAAAACCGCUCGUGAUGUUAAAAGAAUUGAAGCGAUCACAAGAUCACCAAUGUUCACUCAUACAACAGCGACACUUGAAGGAUUGUCAACAAUUCGUGCUUUUAAUUCACAAUCUGAUAUGAUUAAUGAAUAUGAUCAUCAUCAGAAUGUUAAUUCGUCUUCAUGGUUUCUUUUUGUGGCAACAGCACGUGGAUUUGCUUUCUAUGUUGACUUCAUCUCGUCAUUGUACAUCACAUCGAUUAUUUAUAGCUUCUUAGUUCUUGGCACAAAAAAUACAAUUGGAUCGAAUGUUGGCUUGGCAAUCACACAAGCAAUAAAUUUGAUUGGAAUGUGCAAUUGGGGAUUGAGACAAACAGCUGAACUCGAGAAUCAAAUGACUUCUGUUGAACGUGUUGUUGAGUAUACAAAACUUCAAAGCGAACGGUCAUUGGAGACAGAUCCAAGGAUCUUAAAGACGUUACCUAAGUCAUGGCCUAACCAAGGUGUUAUUCAGUUUAAUGAAGUCUCGUUUAAAUAUUCCGAUGAUGCUGAUUAUGUGCUGAGAAAUUUGAACUUUAUCAUCAAUGAAAAGGAAAAAGUUGGAAUCGUUGGAAGAACUGGUGCUGGUAAAAGCAGCAUAACGCAAGCAAUCUUUCAGCUUGGAAUUGUUGAUGGAGUCAUAGCUAUUGAUGGCGUUGAUAUUAAUAAUUUAGGUCUUCAUACAUUCCGGGAGAAGCUGUCAAUCAUCCCACAAGAUCCAAUUUUGUUUGUUGGCAGUUUGCGUGAUAAUUUGGAUCCACUAAACACCAGAAAUGAUGAUGAAAUUUGGCAAGUUCUCGAGCAGGUUGAAUUGAAAGAAGUUGUGAAAAGUCUUUCUGGACUUGACACUAAAGUUGUUGAUGGUGGAUCGAAUUUCAGCACUGGACAAAAACAAUUAAUUUGCUUGGCUCGUGCAAUUCUGAAGAAAAAUAAAAUUUUGAUUAUGGAUGAAGCAACGGCAAAUAUUGACUCUGAAACGGAUAAUUUGAUUCAGACAACAAUUAGAAGUCAAUUCAAUAAUUGCACAGUAAUCACAGUCGCCCAUCGAUUGCAUACAGUUCUUGAUAGCGAUCGAAUUAUGGUGCUAGAUGCAGGGAAAAUUAUGGAAUUUGACACACCAAGAAAGCUUCUCGAUAAUAAACAAGGAAUCUUCUUUAAACUAUUUAAUGAAGCUGGUUUAGAUUUUGAUAGUUUGAAACAGAAAAAUGUUCGAGAUAAAUUGGAAUAAAAAAUGUUCAUUAG